AUGACAACUUUAUGUACGUCAUGUGGCCAACAAGUUUUAUUUUCUUCAAAAAUUUAUAAAUGCCGUCAAUGCACGAAUCACUAUUUAUGUAAACCAUGCACAAAACUUGAUCGUAAUCGAGCAAUUGCUCAAUAUCAUACCUUCGACAAAAUAUCAAAAUCUAAUAAAACCAGGGAAGAAUCGGCAAAAGCAUCGUUGAAUGUGGUUCAUCAACAGCAAAAAACAAAUUCAUCAAUUUUUGAUAGUGACGACUAUUUGCAAGGUGCUCUAGUUUAUUGUCAGCAUUGUCAUCAAAUUUUUAACAGCGUCAAUGUAUUUUGUUUUAAAUGUGAUCAAUGCCCGACUCAUUUUUGUUUGUGCAAUGAGUGUUUACCUCAAGCACAAAGUUUUCAUCCUUCUAUACACAAAUUUUCAAAGCUACCGACAGGUGAUGAUAUGGUACGUUUAAUACGAAGUCAUUAUCAUUUGGACAUCACGUGUGAUGGUUGUUCGACAUCAUCAUUCAAUGGUACCCGGCAUCAAUGUGAAGAAUGUAUGCCAAGCUUUGAUUUAUGCGAUAAUUGUUUUGGAAAAAAGCACACACACCAUAAAUUCAAAAUCGUUCCCAACCCACUAAUAUAUGCGGGCAAUCAACAGGAGCUAGCAAAACGAACUCUUGAUUUAGCAGGCUUGAAUAGUGAUCCUCAAUGGCGCGAUCCAUUAUCUGGUUGGACGAAAGUCGAUGCCGAACGCAUUCUAGAACAAGCUAAUGCAGACGAGAAAGCGUAUAAAACUCGUCUCGGUGAAAUAACACAGGCUGCCAACAUAAAGCUUGAACAAGCACGUCAACGUUUACAAGACACUAUAGAUUUUUCAUGGAAAAUGACAUUGAUGAACAUAUCAAAUAUGUGA